AUGACUCUCAGCGACGGCCAACUAAUUCCUACACCGGAUCCCAACGUCAAAAAGGUCGAAGAUCUUACCGCCAAGGCUCUGUUGGGAAGGAAAAAGACUGCAGACUCAGUCCGCUCCCCCGACCAGCCAGGUUAUGGCACGCUCGGAAAGUCUGUCAUGCUAUAUGCCAACUAUUUGUCUUUCAUUUCCGUUGGUAAACCAGUAUUCCGCUACAGUGUGUCUAUCGCCAAGGACAAGGGCCGUGAUGUGCCAGCCAAGAAAGCGCGGCAGAUCGUACGUCUUUUGAUCGAAGAGCACUUUGCCAAUAACCGGGAUAACAUCGCCACCGAACUUAAUCUCAUGUACUUCGUCGACGAUCCCACGGUCUUGACAGUGACUGUUGGAGCUACCGGAACUCUCAAUCCCGCAGACCUGCUGAAUUAUCUCACUUCGAGUAAUCUUGAAGGCCCAUUGAUGCAACAAGAGCAGACUGUGACAGCGAUGAAUAUGAUUAUCGGACAUUGCCCCAAGACCAAAAAAUCGGUGGUGUCAAUUGAUGGUAACAGGAACUUCAGCUUGGAUGCCUCGAUGGGUGAAAAAGCCACUUUGGGCGGUGGUUUGGAAGCACUACGUGGUUUGGAAGCACGACGUGGUUUGGAAGCACUACGUGGUUUCUUCGUUAGCGUUCGUGCGGCCACUGCUCGGGUUCUAUUGAAUGUCCAAGUCAAGUAUCUAGCCUGCUACCAAGAGGGUCCUCUGCCGAUGGUGAUCGGAGAAUACCAGCGCGCAAAUUCGCGUAGCCUUUACCGGCUAGAGUCUUUCUUGAGGCACAUGCGUGUUCGUACCAUACAUAUUGCGCGGAAGACUAGCAACGGCAGAGCUCGACCUGCACCCGUCAAGUCUAUCACUGGGCUGGCAAGUCCUGCCGAGGGCCGCUCCGGUGACAACCAGACCAGGGUGCCUCGGUAUGGCGCUGGACCCUUCGAAGUGCAGUUCUUCAUGGGGUCAAAGGGUACGCAGGGUGCGCCGGCCGUGUCCGCUGCCGCUCUCACUGAAGGCAAAGCCAAGAGAGGCAAGAAAGCUCCCAAAGCAGGGCCAGUCACUCCAGGACAAUAUAUCUCGGUCGGAGGUUACUUCAAGAGAGAUAUGCUGCGCUUCGCGGUGAUGGGUCGCACGCCCGCUCUGAAUGCGGAGUCUAUUGCUACUAAGGGUGUUCGUAUGUUGGGCCUGGGAGAGCCACCGAGUGCUACUUUGUCCGCGUUCGGUAUCCGUGUCGAGACUAACCUCAUCACGGUGCAAGGCCGCAUCUUACCUCCGCCGAAGAUCCUAUAUGCUAAACAGAAGGAGGUCCUCACAAUGUCCGGCUCCUGGAAUUUGAAAGCUGUCCAGUUAUCCAGGCCCGGGGCUAUGAAAACCUGGACAUAUCUCUAUGUUCUUGUUCAGGGCGCUCGCCCGCACUGGAACAAUCCCGUUGAAAUGAUGGAGUCCCUCCGCAAGUUCACAUCCGUACUCCGAAGCAUGGGUAUUGAUGCGGCUCCACCGAACGAAGGUCAGCGUAUCGUCCUUGUGGGCAGAAAUGAUACUGAGCGCACCGAAAGGAGUGUUCGUGAACUCCAUGACCGUUACCGUCCUUCCUUGAUUUUGGGCGUCCUCUACGCUAAGGACACCGAUCUAUACAACUCUAUGAAGCAGGUCUGUGAUGUUCGCUGCGGUGCGCGAAACGUCAAUUUUCUGACCGAAAAACUGCAAGUCGCACAGGACCAGUACUGCGCAAACGUAGGGCUGAAGACUAACCUUAAGCUGGGCGGUGGAAAUCAAACCCUUCACAAGUCAGAGCUUGGCUUGCUUGCCAAUGGCAAAACGAUGCUUGUUGGCCUGGAUGUGACCCAUCCUUCGCCAGGGUCAGCACGCAAUGCUCCUAGUGUAGCCGCUAUCGUCGCCUCUGUGAACUCCGCGCUUGCUCAAUGGCCUGCAGAAAUUCGCAUCCAACCUUCUAAACAAGAAAUGGUCGCCGACCUUGACACUUUGCUGCAGUCUCGUCUCAAACAUUGGGCUCAGCAUAACAGGAACGAGCACCCAGAUGAUAUUGUUGUCUAUCGUGACGGUGUCUCGGAAGGUCAAUACGAUCUUGUGAUUGGAGAAGAGCUGCCUCUGCUCAAACGAGCUUGUGAAACUAUCUACCCGGCUAGCGCCACAAGCCGCGGCCUCCCGCGUAUAGCCAUCAUCGUGGUCGGCAAGUGUCACAACACACGAUUCUAUCCCACCGCGGAGGCUGACGCUGAUCGCUCUGCGAACCCAAUGCCCGGCACGGUUGUUGACCGUGGUAUUUCCGAGUCCCGACACUGGGACUUCUUUUUGCAAGCACACUCAGCGCUUCAGGGAACCGCGCGUCCUGCUCACUACGUUACUGUGUGGGACGAAAUUUUCUCUACUGGUCAGCCAGCGGCGACCGGAGCUCUUGGAGCCGCAGAUGUACUGCAGAACUUGACUCACAAGAUGUGCUAUCUAUUUGGCCGUGCAACCAAGGCGGUUAGUGUCUGCCCCCCAGCCAAUUAUGCGGAUCUGGUGUGUACACGGGCACGAUGCUACAUGAGUGAUCUCUUCGAUCCUAUCGCCUCUGCGACCCCAGAGGCAAGUGUUGUGGGAACUAAGAGCGGCCGGUGCCAGGUGCCUAAUAGCCACCUGGCUGUUGUGCAUCCCAAUGUGAAGGAUACAAUGUUUUACAUUUAA